GGUAGUAUUGCUCUACUGUUCCACCUCUCACUUCCUGGAUUAAAUGCUUCUCAAAUAUAUGGAGAUCAAAACAGAGUAGCACUCUGAACCUCUGGACUUUUGACACAGCUCUCAGAAAACACCACACCUAAAGAUUUCACUUGCUGCGGCUGAACAUGUUUCUGUGGUCUUGUCUGACACCUUUCCUGCUGAUAACAGUUCAACUAUGCAAAGGAUCCCCAGACCAAAGAUGUGAGGAAUUCACAGAUCUAGACAUAACUCAUGCCAUCAUCGGCACAAGCCUCAGAAUCAGGCUGCUGCUUUACACCAGGGACAAUGAUGACUGUGGUGUGCUCCUGUCCCACACCAAACUGGCAGAGUAUCCUGAGUUUAAAAUGUCCAACCCCACCACUUUCAUCAUCCAUGGCUAUCGCCCCACAGGAUCUCCACCGAUCUGGUUGAGCAACUUCACAAAGUUGCUGUUGGCCAAGCAAGACAUGAAUGUUGUGGUAGUGGACUGGAACUAUGGAGCUGCUAAUCUUAAUUAUUUUAAGGUGGUUGAGAAAACAUACAAAGUGGCAGACAACCUCACAGCUUUCAUUAAAGUGAUGCAGGAGCACGGCACUUCCCUGAGCGCAAUUCACAUGAUUGGAGUCAGUCUUGGAGCCCACAUUUCCGGUUUUGUGGGAGCAAAUCUGAACAGUUCAAUCGGAAGAAUAACAGCUCUUGAUCCUGCUGGACCUACGUUCACUGGCAAACCUCUAGAAAUGCGACUGGACUCGACAGACGCUCAGUUUGUCGACGUGCUGCACACAGACAUCGACUUUCUGGGCUUCAGGGCACCAUUGGGCCAUAUUGAUUUCUAUGCUAAUGGAGGAACAGACCAGCCUGGCUGUCCGAAGACCGUGCUAUCACCUGGCAGCUACUUCAAAUGUGACCACCAGAGGUCUGUGUUGCUUUUCAUGGACACUAUAAAUGAGACAUGUACCAGUCAAGCAUUCCCCUGUUCCUCCUAUGAAGAUUUUCUGGAUGGAAGAUGCAUGAGCUGUGACCGCUUUGGUGCAGCUGGUUGUCCCAUCUUUGGCUACAAUGUUAUACGGUGGAAGGAUGUCCUCAAUCAACUGAACCAAACAAAGUUCUACUUUAACACAAAUGCAGACUCUCCAUUUUGCUUGACAAACUACAGAGUAGAUGUGAUGAUUUGGAAUCAGAAGCCACAGAAGGGAUACAUGGAUAUUAAAAUCAGUGACGGUACUAAUGAAGCAGUGGCAAUCAUUGAACAUAAAGCAACACAGUUCAUGAAGGACACAGAGAUCACAAUCCUUGCGAUGUUUGAUAGAAACAUUGAGUCAGUGAAAAAUGUCUCUCUCAAAUACUACUCUGGAGUGGGGUAUCAUUCCAAACGCAAGCUUCGGAUCCUGAGAAUCCGUUUCACACCCCUGGAUCACAAAAAGAAGCCUCUUUGUCGUUAUGACAUUCUUCUUGUUAAUAAGAAAGAGUUCACAUUCAGGCCUAUUCCAUGUGAAGAAACCCGGUCCUGAAAUCAAGCUGAACCCUGAAUCUAGAACUUUCAUGAGGACGAAUCCUCUGGUUCAUCAGUUUCCUUAGGACUGGUUGGAGAAUUCAUAAGGAUCCCAAAUGAAAAGGCAAACACUAGGUCAGUCAACUUUUCUAAAAAAGAAAAAAAAAAGAAUAUGAAAUGUGACAUAUUCUGAAAAAUGUAUAUUUGUUUCAAAGGAAAGAAAGGUACAGAGUUGUAUAGGGUGUGUAGAAAUAUUUGAUACACAGAAAAACUGGACUACAUUUAUGUGUCACUUUUAAAAAGUCAAACUAAGUACAUUUUUAUUUUCUCACUAAAAAUAUUUGGCCUCUGACUUUUAUUUAUAUAUACUUUUAAAUUACAUUUCAUAUUAAGUAAAUGUUUUAUGUGUUUGCCUUUGAUAACUUCACCAGGAUUAUAAUUUUGUAUUAGGAUGCCACUGACUGACAUUGAUUGACAGAUAAGCUGCUGGUUGUGCAUCAGAAAGACUAUUUCAGUCCAACUUCUUCUCCAUCAAUACUGGUUUAAUUUCAGUACUUUCUCCAUUUCAGUUUAUGAUGGCAACAAUAUUUUUCUGUGUUUGAAUGGAUACAUUUAUUUCUUCUUGCUACAAAGACAUAAUCAGCACCUUCCUCACAUCACAACAUUAGUUACAGUAGCAAAAAAAUAAAGGAACUGCUCAGCUUCAGGCCAAAAGACAAAUGUAUCAUGCAAUUUGUUUUAGAUAAAUGUGUCCAAACCUGAAUGUUUCCUGGAAUGAAACAUCCUAAUCAAGACUUUUUGUCCACAAAACCAAGAUUUUAAUAACAAACUGUCCAUUUUCCUUUUUAAAAAGCAUGAAAAAGAUUAUUUUCUUGUUCAGUUUCUUUAAAAAGUUACACAAAGCAUAUGGUACAACAGAAACUCUUGCCCUGGAUCCAGUCCUUCUUGUUCAUUUCGACAUGUGCUUCUUCAUCCGCUGGAUUUCCAUCUUAAUCAAAGAAAGACACAGUAACAGAUAUCAGACAUUAUUAUUUCAAAUCUAUUCUCAGUUUCACUAAAGAAACUAUUUACAGACUAAUUUGUACUUCUACCUGUAAAGUUAAGCGAAUCCUCUUCUCCUCAUCAAGCUCAUUCAUCAGCAGCUUAAUUUCUUUGCUGAAGCAAAAGAUUUUUUUUUUAAUAAAGUUCAAAAACAGUUCAAAUCUAUGCUGUUCUUAUCACUUGACAAUAAAUACACCUAACUAUAUAAGAGAUACAAUGUAUUACUUAAGCUUACUGCUAACUGUUAAGGUAACAUCUGGAUCAAAGUAAAUUGAAGAGGUUGUAUUGCCAAAAUGCCUGUAAAAAUUGUUUAGUCCUACUUGUGUCGACUCUUCAUCUGUUCGAACUGGUCCCUGAGGUCUUUUAACUCAGCCUGCAGCUGUUCUACGUUUGGCUUGAUAUUUUUCUCCGGGCUUCUUGGUCGGGGAUCUGAGUUCAGGCUUGGGAGCACUCCUGGAUUCAGCACAGCAGAGAGAGCCUUCGGCAGCAGCGAGGAGAAAGACUCCUUUGACAUAUUCUUGUCUGCAGCCUACGAGACAGAAAAUGUCAAAUUAAAAUCACACCUAAUUUUCCAGUCUGUGUCACCAGUUAUCAAUAAUCAGUUUUCCAUUAAGGCUCACUUGAAGGGGAGAACAAUUCUGACUUGUUUCCUGAAUGGUCUCUUCAUUUGCUGAAGAGUUCAUUGCUUCACUUUGGUUUUCUCUUCUUUCCUUCUCAAUCAUAAAUGUUACCUGUAAAUAAAGUCCAGUUUGAGUUUUCUGACACAUACAACAGCUUCCAUGAUUAUUUGACCAUCUGAUUGUGUAAAAUGCUUUAAAAUAAAUCUGACAUUUGAUACCCAAGAAAGUUUGAAAAUAAAAAAUCCUUUACUGUGAA